AUGACAUUCACCGCCACUUCGAGUGAGCGCCGCAUCAUCCGCGUCUUAAUCCAAUCACUCAUCGAGAACCACGCUUCGUUCAGUCAGUUCCAGAUGGACGAAGAAUUCCUAUCCGUAUCCGAUGCAAACAAGACUCUCGUUCGCAUACUCGCACUCUGUCCAUCCUCACCGCCUUCAAAUUCGACUGUCGGAAACUCAGACGCGAGUACAAUACGCCCUGACACGAAGGUCUCACCAGCUGUUGCCCAUUUCCUGCUUGACCAAGCUCAACUGUCCGUUAUUGAGAUCGAGAAUACCACUCCAUCCACCGAUAUUGGCAAGAAUCUCGACUACCUUGGUCUGGUCAGCACGGUCAUCCAGCAGUUCGACUCCUCACAGGUGUCCUUCAAACCAGAAAUUGAUGCGUUCUCUCGCCAUCUCGCUCGACUGAGACAGCGCUUUGUAAGCCUCGACAACCAAUCAAGCUCUGCUGCGUUCGCCCAACUGCAAAAGCAAAGCAUCAAAAGAGAGUACGCCAGAGUCGCUUCCAGCUUCACCAAUGUCGCCUAUGCCUGGUUGGAUCAGGCCGACCGGGGUUUCUCAACCCUGUCACUUCGCUGGGGGCUGGUCGAGAACAUCGAGUACUCCGAAAAAGUGCUCUUGGAUGUCGACGCUUUGCAGGUAGGCUCUAAGCCACACACUUCUUCAUGA